AUUUUGUUAAACUAGAGUGUGUUACACUUCAUACUGCUCCGCAGUGAGGUUCAAGGAAUACACUUGUAUAUUACUAUGGUUUACGAACGAAACCCCAAUAAUAAUGUUCCACAAGUGGCACCGAAGCCUGCAAUGCGGAGUGCGCUGGGAAUUCGUCAAUCUCGGUCGCACUCUCUGCCGACUUGCGACAAAAACUUGCUCAAUGUCAAACUGCAAGUUCGGAGAGGCAGCGCAGUGCAGCAAUCUAUAGCUGAAGAGACCAACCAAAGGAGCACCUGCGACUCGCUGGUACCAAUUUCGAUACUAGACGAGGAUAUUUCGAGUACGACCAACCCCCCUGUUUCGUUGUUCUCGCGUGAGCGCACAGUGGUCAGCGACAAAUACCCCUCACAAAGAAGACCAAGUCAACGUACAGAAAACACUACGAAGCCGUACAAUCAAACAGAUUUGCCAAUAAAAGCCGUCGCUCCCUCCGAAUUACGUCACAAACCCGCGGUUAUGACGCAAGACACCUCAAUUGUAAGGUACCACGCGAGUCGGCGACACCAGGGCAAGAGGAAAUCGUCGCAAGAUUAUCAGUCGAGCAAGGCGAAACUCACCCAACUGCUCAAGACCACUCAACUUGAACAACUUUCGAAACUACAGAACAAACAUCAGCAGGAAUGUGAAUUGCUGGAUGAUAUUAGAAAUUUUGGGAAACAGAGAUCUCAGUUAGACAAAGAUUAUGGACAGGCGCUGCAGAAAUUAGUUGUACAGUACCAAAAGAGGGAAUCCACACCAUCAGUUGAAACAGAAGAUACAGAAAAAAAUCAAGUAGGAGAGCACAAGCCAGUUAUCUCUGCCCUACAAACUGUCCAAGUUGUGUGGAAAUCUGUGCUUGAAGCCACGGAUAAAGCAGGCCAAGCACGUAUUGCUGCUUCAGAAUAUUAUAAGAACAAUAUUUACGAAGCUGCAAAAAAUUGCAAGGCUCAAAAGGAUGUGCAUCUUAAAAAGUGCCAGGACCUUUUAAACAACUUGCAAAAUGAAAUUACUGAAACGGUAAAGGAGCUGACGAAAGCAAAGAAGAAAUAUUACGAUCUAGAACAAGUUUCACAAAAUGCUAGCGAUAAAUAUCAAGAAGUUAAUGACAGGUUAAGAAAGAAUCAAACAAGUUUGUUCAAGUCGAAAGCUGGAUUAGAAAAAGCGUUUCAAAAGCUGCAGCAAAAAUGUGACGAAAGUAGCAAAAGCUCAACCGUAGCAAGAAAUGAAUACUUGUUAAUGCUGGCUGCUGCUAACUGCCAUCAGAAGAGAUAUUAUGAGACAGACAUGCCUGAAGCUAUGCGGAUACUGGAUGGCAAUUUAUUCGCAAAAUUUCAAGAUUAUCUUGGCUUGCUGUGUAAGUUUGAGCUGCAAGCUUGUACAGCGUCACAAGAAGCACACACGCACGCACUACAUGAUGCCGGCAAGAUUUCACGUGAAUACAACAUCCGAUGUUUCUUGCAUGAAAACCCUGUGUUUGAAUGGGGUCCCCGUUACGAGUUUGAGCCAUGUGGCAAUGAUGAAGUUGGCCCCAAACUGACCCCAGAACAACCUGGGGAAGACAACUCCCUGAACAGGGAAGCUAGAAAAUGGACAACAAGGGUUGUACGCGACGAGAGAAAUUUACAAAGACUCAACAAAAUCAAACAAGGAUUAGAAAGCUUAUCACAAAAAUAUGCAGAGAGUCCUGAGUUAAACAUUGAAUCAGUAGCGCAGGAGACCGAAGUAAGGCUGGAGAAAUGUAGAGAGGAUUUACGUCGCACUGAAACCAACCAUAUUGGUGGGGAAGCGAGGUUACAACUUCUACGUGACGUCAAUGUGAAUGUUGACACCUGGCUUGAAAGUGCAAGGGCUCAGGCUGCUAAAGAAAUGGAGCAAUCUGUGACCACACCUGGUUUUUCAACGAAACGUCGCUCGCUGCACAACCGUACCUUACCCGACGAUCAUCACACAAAUGGUGCUCACACGUCAGUGGGUGGGGACGAGAGUUUCUUUGACGAGGAUUUUGUGGAUGACGAGACAUUUGAUGAAGAUGAUCACGUAAUGAUGGUGGGGGAGAAGGAUGACCUCUCUCUCCCAUCCAGUGAUCACAGCAGGAACUACCCUGUGACAUGCACUGUGACUUAUCCUUACCAGGCAACGAGAACAGAUGAACUAACGAUCACUGUUGGUGAUCGAAUCGAGGUCGUAGAGGAUGGAGAUCUAGACCAGUGGGUGAAAGCCAGAGAUGCUACCGGAAGAAUGGGGUACAUACCCGAGAAUUAUCUAGAAUUCCCUGCUAACCCAGCCACCCCCCACCAUCACUAUGCACUGCCCCCUGGUGAUUAUAACGACACCCUUGGAUCUUCAUCUUCUGGAUCAAUAACCUCCGGGACUUCAUCUCUUACCACCAACUCCUCCGGAAACGACAGGGAGGUGAGCCGCAUCACUUCGGGAGGAGCCACUCAUCCUCCACCAUCCGGAAUUUGUCUCGCGAAAGCAAUCUAUGAAUACGAGGCUUGCUCCGAGGAGGAAUUAUCCUUCCCUGAGGGAGCAAUUAUCAGCAUCAUAUCCAAGGAUGACAAUGGGAUCGACGAUGGAUGGUGGAAAGGAGAACUUAACGGGAAAAUCGGCGUUUUCCCGGGAUUAGUCGUCGAAGACAUGGGUUCAUGUAAUUCGAACGUGAAAGAACCUGCUUCUCCAGAAGAUUCCCCUACAAGUGAAAUCCCCCCUAGUUUUCGGCCACCUACCCCAAGUUCUUCACCCAGCCAUUCUGGUAAAAAUUUCCGGAGCAGCUCCCCAGAUUCGGGGGUAAAUACGCAUCGCCAUUCACCCCUACCCCACGCUUCACUAGAGGUGCCAGAUAUAAUACAUGAACGAACAAAUUCAGCUCCAGCAUCUCCUAUCUACACAAGUUUAAAACCUAAACCGAAUCGUUCUGCGCCAGCUCCACCAAAGCGCCCAGUUUCAUUUAUACGAACAAAUAAUAGAUAAAUACAAAAAAAGAUUGUUGGUUGUGAAAACCGUAGGCUCUUUAUAUUCUAUGAGAGGCAAUUGUCAGCAUUGACCCGUAAACAAAAGUUACAACUUCGUGUUGAACCUGGUGCUUGAAUGAGAGAGAUUUGCACAAAUGUAUGGAAUGUACAAGAUCAUGUUAUGACUCAGGAAUAGAGGAUGCAGUUAUCAAACACAAGUCAAAUAUUGGUGGAUGAAGUCACUUAAACACUGCAGUCACUUUUGUAAGAAAUCAGCUUUUUAAAAGAAAUCGUCUUUUUUAAACUGUUUAUCCGCAGUGUGCGUUUUGUUUGUAUUGUCCUUUACUUCUAAUCAAGUUCAUUUUAUUUCAGCAGGUCUGGAGUAAUUUGCAAGCAUUUGUUGUCAAUUUACUUGUCUUUAUUUGUCACAUGAUGUAAUUUAUUGUCAUUUCUUAUUCCAUUGCCGCGGUUGUGUACAAAUUAUGAAAUAAACUUGAAAUCGUAACAGCA